UUCCUCCUUUCUGUUGCUUUCUGUCUUGCUUGGCUGCUCCUGGCAGGUCCCAUUUGCUCUAAUUCGGGCUAUAAGAAGGCGGAUGAUGAGAUGUCCGGGGCCACGUCCUCUGCAGACCAGGGAGAGGCAGCAGCUCGCACCAUUUACUUGAAUGAACCUCAGCAGAGCAAGUUCCACGACAACCGGGUCAGCACAGCUAAAUACAGCGUGGUGACAUUUCUACCUCGAUUCCUGUAUGAACAGAUUAGAAAAGCUGCAAAUGCUUUCUUCCUCUUCAUUGCCUUACUGCAGCAAAUUCCAGAGGUCUCUCCAACUGGAAGAUAUACUACCUUGGUGCCAUUACUAUUUAUUCUAACGGUUGCUGGCAUCAAAGAAAUCAUAGAAGAUUAUAAAAGACACAAAGCUGACAGUACAGUGAACAAAAAGAAAACAAUAGUUUUAAGAAAUGGAACAUGGGAGGAUAUCAUGUGGAAGGAGGUGGCAGUGGGAGACUUUGCGAAGGUCACCAAUGGGCAGCAUUUCCCAGCAGACAUGAUCAUUUUAUCUACCAGUGAACCUCAGGCAAUGUGUUAUAUUGAAACAGCUAAUCUUGAUGGAGAGACAAACCUUAAAAUACGACAGGGAUUGAUUCAGACUGCUAACCUCCAAUCAAAAGAAGACUUGAUGAAAAUGUCUGGGAAGAUAGAGUGUGAAGGGCCUAAUCGUCAUCUCUAUGAUUUCACUGGAAAUCUCCGCCCUGAAAAUCAAAGUCCACUUCCAAUUGGACCUGAUCAGAUUUUACUAAGAGGUGCACAAUUAAGGAACACUCAGUGGGUUUUAGGAAUAGUUGUCUACACAGGACAUGACACAAAACUUAUGCAGAAUUCAACCAAAGCUCCACUGAAGAGAUCAAAUGUAGAAAAAGUUACCAAUAUGCAGAUUCUCAUUUUGUUUUGCAUCCUUCUCGUCAUGGCUUUAGUGAGUUCUGUGGGUGCCUUACUAUGGAACAGAACACAUGGAGAAGUCAUUUGGUACUUUGAUUCCAAUGAAGUCCGAUCUACUAAUUUUGGAUAUAAUCUGCUCACCUUUAUAAUCUUGUACAACAACCUCAUUCCCAUCAGUCUACUGGUGACUCUGGAAGUUGUGAAGUUUACUCAGGCUCUUUUUAUAAAUUGGGACAUAGAUAUGUAUUAUACUGAAACCGAUACACCUGCAAUGGCCAGAACUUCAAAUCUUAAUGAGGAGCUUGGCCAGGUUAAGUAUCUAUUCUCUGAUAAAACAGGCACCUUAACAUGCAAUAUUAUGAAUUUUAAGAAAUGUAGUAUUGCUGGAGUAACAUAUGGUCACUUCCCAGAACUGGCAAGAGAAUGUUCAUCAGAAGAUUUCAGCCAGCUUCCGCCUCCUAUUAGUGAAUCUUGUGAAUUUGAUGAUCCAAGACUGCUGCAGAACAUCGAGGCUGAUCAUCCCACAGCUAUGCACAUCAAAGAAUUCCUCACUCUGCUGGCUGUGUGUCACACUGUUGUUCCAGAAAGACAUGAAAACACCAUCAUCUACCAGGCCUCCUCUCCAGAUGAAGGAGCUUUAGUCAAAGGAGCAAAAAAACUUGGCUAUGUUUUCACUGGGAGGACACCACGUUCUGUCAUCAUUGAUGCGCUAGGAAAAGAAGAGACAUUUGAGAUCCUUAACGUAUUGGAAUUUUCAAGUAAUCGAAAGAGAAUGUCUGUAAUUGUUCGGACUCCAGAUGGUCAACUACGUUUGUAUUGUAAAGGAGCUGAUAACGUCAUUUUUGAGAGAUUAUCCAAAGACUCAAAGUACAUGGAGCAAACUCUAUGUCAUCUUGAAUAUUUUGCCACAGAAGGUUUGAGGACUUUGUGCAUCGCAUAUGCAGACCUAUCAGAAAACGCUUAUCAGGAAUGGCUGGACGUAUAUAAUGAAGCCAGCACAAAUUUGAAAGACAGAACUCAAAAGUUGGAAGAGUGUUAUGAGAUAAUUGAGAAGGAAUUGCUGCUUCUGGGUGCAACAGCCAUUGAGGAUCGCCUUCAAGCUGGCGUCCCGGAAACAAUAUCUACUCUAAUAAAAGCAGAGAUCAAAAUUUGGGUACUAACGGGGGACAAACAAGAAACUGCUCUCAAUAUAGGGUACUCCUGCAGGCUUGUUUCCCAGAGUAUGACUCUCAUCCUCGUGAAUGAAGAUUCUUUGGAUGCAACACGAGCUGCAUUAACACACCACUGUGAAAAUCUGGGAGACUCACUGGGCAAAGAAAAUGAUAUUGCUUUGAUUAUAGAUGGCCAAACUCUGAAGUAUGCCCUGUCCUUUGAAGUGAGGCAGUCCUUCCUGGACCUAGCAUUGUCCUGCAAGGCUGUCAUUUGUUGCAGGGUGUCUCCUCUGCAGAAGUCAGAAAUAGUAGACAUGGUAAAGAAACAUGUGAAUGCCAUCACUUUGGCCAUUGGGGAUGGUGCCAACGAUGUUGGAAUGAUCCAGACGGCUCAUGUUGGAGUGGGGAUCAGUGGCAAUGAAGGCAUGCAGGCAACCAACUCUUCUGAUUAUGCAAUAGCACAGUUUUCCUACUUGGAGAAGCUGUUACUUGUCCAUGGAGCCUGGAGUUACAAUCGAGUGACAAAAUGCAUAUUGUAUUGCUUUUAUAAGAAUGUCGUUCUUUAUAUUAUUGAGCUUUGGUUUGCAUUCAUUAAUGGAUUCUCUGGGCAGAUUUUAUUUGAGCGCUGGUGCAUCGGGCUCUACAAUGUGAUUUUCACAGCAUUACCUCCCUUCACCUUGGGAAUCUUUGAACGAUCGUGCUCCCAGGACAACAUGCUUAGGUUUCCCCAGCUCUACAAAAUUACUCAAAAUGCUGAUGGGUUCAAUAGCAGGGUGUUCUGGGGUCACUGCAUCAAUGCCUUGAUCCACUCCGUCAUUCUCUUUUGGCUUCCCCUGAAAGCACUAGAACAUGAUACAGUAUUUACAAAUGGCCACGCUGUUGACUACCUGUUUGUUGGAAAUAUUGUUUAUACGUAUGUUGUGGUAACAGUCUGUUUGAAAGCUGGCUUAGAAACCACAGCAUGGACAAAGUUCAGUCACUUGGCUGUCUGGGGAAGCAUGCUGCUUUGGCUCGUCUUCUUUGGUGUCUACUCUACUAUCUGGCCUGUCAUUCCUAUAGCACCAGACAUGCUUGGACAGGCAGGAAUGGUAUUGAGAUGCGGACACUUCUGGAUCGGUUUAUUGCUCGUGCCCACAGCGUGCCUUGUUAAAGAUGUGGCAUGGAGAGCGGCCAAGCAUUCUUACCGUAAAACUUUGCUGGAGCAGGUUCAAGAGUUGGAAGCUAAAUCCAAAGAACUGAGGAAAUCUAUGCUGCGUGAUAGCAAUGGAAAGAGCAUGAAUGAACGUGACCAUUUGUUAAAAAGGCUGGGCAGAAAGACCCCUCCGUGCCUCUUCCGUGCUCAUUCUGUCCAACAAGGAGUGUCACAUGGUUACGCUUUUUCUCAAGAGGAGCACGGGGUCGUCUCUCAGUCUCAAGUUGUUCGAUCCUACGACACUACAAAGCAGAGAGCCGGAGUCGAAUAACAUGGACUUCUUCCCCUUGAUUGGUGGCUGGAGGAAAGAGAUGUGGAUCAAUGUGUCCACUGUGAAUACACCCUUGAGUAAGGCUGGCAGCAGCAACGUAAACACUGGAAAACUUUUUACUGUGGCCUUAGCCAACAAGUUUGUUCUCUAUGCUGCUUCCAGACCUUGAGCACACUUUGGGGUGGGGUGGGGGGAGAGAGAGCAGUCCUUGCCGGAAGCCAGCUGUUCUUUUGGUUUACAUGGCUUAUGAAAGAUUUGGCUCUGCUGUCCAAGGUGUGAUGCUGAAAACGUUUUGUUUCUAUUGCCAUUUUUUUCAAGAGGCAGGGCAAAAGGUAUUUGUGGUUUUGCAGAGAAAAUCAAAAAGGUGAUAAGGCCCAUUUGCUGAUCUACCUUUGCUGAAUUCAGACUUCCCAUUUUGUCAUGCCCAGACUUAGCUGCAUGUAUGAAGCCUUUAUAAUACUCACUGUUUAUUUGACUGGAAUGUUUACAGGGAGGCGAAGAAGUACAGAGAAGCAAAUAUAACCCAGGGGGGAAAAAAGGGAGAGGAAAGAAAUCAGGCCCUAGAACAAUCAUCAACAGCUUAUCUUGGAAUGGAUCAGCACUAUACAAAAUACUUUACAGAAUUCUUAGCUUGUUUACGCAAACCACACACAGACAUCCACAAUCAUUUACUCUGCUGCAAUACUAUCUGUCACCCAAGUCAUUUGAAUGGCAGGCCUGUGUCUCAAAAUUACAGCUGAAGUGCAGCUUUUUAUUAAGUCAUGAGAUAGAUCUGGUCUGGUAUGAAACGGAGAAAAAAAUAUAUUAUUGUUCUGAUGAAGAGACAAAGCAAGUAUCUAGCUUUAAAGUCAGUUAAUCAAUUUAACAUUUUGUCCCCACUGUGGCUCAUGACUUAAAAUACUCCAGCACACAAGUGCAGAGACAAGCUGGUGCCUUAACAUCUUCUGCUUGUGAAACUCAUUAGAACUUUUGAGAGACCGUAUAUGACUACAUAUUGGACUAACAGGACCUUAAGAAAGAUUGGAAAGAUCAGGAAAGUACUACAGGUCCUUAUUAAGGUGACCCCAAAGUUUUUGCUACGAUGUAACGAGAUCUCCUUUCAAAUAAACACACAGUGAAAAAGUAAUCUCCUCCCUUGAGAAAAUAUAUCAGUGAAAUAAAUGAAGACUUAACCUGUAGUAACUUUAGCAUCUCUGUUUCUAUUCAUCACUUGGAAAAAUGGCAUAAGGAUGUUUAAAUGUUUUCUAUGGUUGUGGGAAAUAUUGCAACAAGUAGAGAGAAAUUUCAGUUAAUGGUGGUUGUUUAUUUUUCUUAAAAAUCAGCCUCCAAGGUCAUGGCAUGGCCACUUCAGGGAACAAUGACCUGUGAGGAUUGGUUGUAAAAAUACAUCCAGAUUGUAUUGCAAAAUAUUGGGCUAUUGUUUGGGUUGCCUACUUCUUCUGGCAGGGCUUUCUGUGCUGCAAAGAUAAUUCUGUUAAAGAGAAGGUAGCACUUUUAGUAAAGGAGCUUCUGUUUGCUAAUAAUUCUACCUGUCGUGCAUCGUUAAGAUCACACAAAAAAAUCCUACCAGAAAAAUAAGUUGACAUGCCUACUUAGCAUGCCAGUAAGCAAUUGUGUUCACAGGUCAACCACAAAAAGGAUAUCCUCCUAACUUUUCUUUUCCAUGCUAUUUUAAUUUCUGGAUUAUUAUUUUUUUGUAAUGAAAUCCUGAGAAAUGCAAAGAACUCUUGCUUAAAUGGUUGAUACCCUCUCUGGAAGGAUCCAAAGGUGUUUUUUCAGAAGGCAACUAGACUUUCUUGUUUUUCUUUGAAGAUGUUUCACUUCUCAUCCAAGAAGCUUCUUCUUUGGGACAACUAUGACCUGGGAUGACUGAGAAUCUCUACAGGCCCCUCUGGAAUACCCUGGAAUCCUGCAUGAUUUCAGAGAAAGCAAGAUAUGAAUAAAGCCCUCAGAUUCACCUGGUGCUGCUAUCUAAGCAAGCCUUAGUCCUAGCAGCCUCACUACAUUUCUGAAUAGCUUAAGAUAAACAUCAUUGCAACUUUGUCCUCAGGUGCAUCGGCCGGUUAUCCUGUGUGCUGUAUAUAAGGCCUUAAAAAGUUGACACUUUAUUACUCCUUUUUGCUGAUAGUCCUCUGGAACAGGGGUCUUCAGCCAUGUCAACUUUAAGACUUGUGGACUUCAACUCCCAGAAUUCCUCAGCCAGCAAAGCUGGCUGAGGAACUCUGGGAGUUGAAGUCCAUAAGUUUUAAAGUUGACAAGAUUGGAGACUCCUGCUCUGGAACAUAGGGAGAUUUCAGAAAAUUUGGUCAUGGAGAGAUCUACUCAGCCAGCAAAAAGAAGUUAACCAUCUCUUUAUCUAGGCUGAAGGGGCUGAAAUCAAUUCCAGUACUUGAGUGUCAUUAUUCAAUAUGUACCACUUUUAACAUUUUCUUGUAGAAUGUUUUUAUUAUUAUUCCACAGCAUUCUAAUGGUUUUCCUUGGACCAUAAUUGGGAAGGACAUAGCAUCAAUUAGCUCUACAUGAGCUUAAAAAUGAUUUGGGAGAAAUGCUUUAGGCCUUGUACAAACACAGCACCUCCUUCCUGUUCUUUAACACAAUUUGAUUUUUUUCCAGACUUGACUGUUGCUUUAAGAAGUCAGUUCAGUAAAGUAAGUGUGAUUCUUAGAGGAGCAACAUUUUUUUUCAGGUUCACACAGUAUUGUUCACUAUAACUUAAGAAAGAUCUGCAAAAAAAUAACUUUCUGGGGCAUAUUUCUGAAAUCACAUUGUAUAGCCCACCCUAAAUCCCCCCACCCAAAUAUUAGCAGUCCUAUCUACCAUUCCAUUAUAUCCAUAUACAUAUACAGUAAUAUAAGUUAAGCACAUUUAUCCAUAUCAGCAGGUAAAUAAACCAAUUGUCCUUCUAGAAUUCAGAGCUUAAAAUCUGAACAGUUGAAGCUAAUAACUAUACUGCAAAGCUUAGGCUGCAAUCCUAGGAGUAAGACCCAUUUAUUACAUUGGGUCUUAAUUCUAAGGAAACUUGUAAAGGAUUAAGUUAAACAAUACAUUUUGCCAGUUUAGCUAAUUAAUUUCUCCCAACAAUUUUGAGAGUUAGAGAGCUUAGACAGAUCAAUCAACCAAUGGAACAGAAGUUGCCUUCAGAUGUUGUGGGACCUUCAUCACUGGAAGCUUUUAAGAAGAGACUGGACUGCCAUCUGUCAGAAAUAGUGUGGGGUCUCCUGCUUGUGCAGGGGAUUGGACUAGAUGACCUACAAGGUCCCCUCCAACUCUGUUAGAGCUACACCCAAAAAGUUAAAUUCAUAGAAUUAUUUGAAAAGAAGCUCCUUACAUGAUGCACAACAAAAUCAACUCUUUACAAGGAGUUCUCAGGUUACAACCAUUUCUUCAGCAACCUUUCAAAGUUCAGACUGUGUUGAAUGAAUAGUACUUAUGACAAUCCUCAUCAUUCCGUUUGACCCAGCAUCCCCACAGUCAUGUGAAUGCAGCUCCUGGCUUACAAUUGCAAUGUCACAGUGAGUCACAAUCAUGUGAUUUGAUUUCCAACAUUUUCUGCUGGCUUCCCACAAGCAAAAUCAAUGGAAAAUUCAGAGCUAGCAGUCACGCGAGAUCCUCAUUCAACAAUCCACGCGAGCCUUGUUUAACUAUGGGAACUGGGGCUUCUGGAAUUGCUGUCACUAAGCGACACAGCCAGCAACACCUCACUUUAUUACCGUAUCACUUACUGAUGGCAGAUCUGGGCCCAAUUGCCAUCAUAAACUGAGGACCACCUGGAUUUUAACUUCUUAGCUGCAAAAACCAAGGCAACCACAAGAUGUCAGCAGAGAGAUACAAAAACCCCUUCCAUCUACUGGCCGUCUAGAUUUUUGCAGGCUGGAUCUGACAGCCCUAUUGUAUAUACACAUCUUGAGGUUACUCACCUAGUUUAUUUUUAUUAUUAUUAUUUAGGUCAAAACCAUCUAGUUCUUUUUCUGUGGUGUAUGUCUCACAUACCGAUUAAGUCAUUUUUCAUGUCUUCAAAUCUGCUUUAAGGCAAGUGAAAAUGAGCAGGAGCUAUCUGAAAUGGCUUUGUCCCAAAUAAACAGACUUUUGAGGGAGGGUAUAUUUCAGAGAUCUGAAAUUAUUGUCAAAAAACUCAGUAUUUCCCAGUUUCCUCCUCCUCUCUUUCUCUCUCUCUUUUGGAAAAAGGCAAUUUGUAAUGGUAGCUUGCAGUAUUGUAUCGGUUGUUGUUGAAAUCUAUUGGCAAUGUAAAAUGAAGCAAUCCCAGUCCAGGGAGAUUCCAUUAGUUUUCCUCAGAGAGGGAACCCAACGUUAUUGAAAGUAUACAAAUUCACCUCUUCUGAUCCCACCCACCUUGCAAGUGUCACGUAUGACACUAUUCAGUACCAUUGACAAUACUCACGUGUUCUUUCUAGCAUGAAAAAGAAAUCUGGAGGUCUCUGUCCUUGUCAUUUGUUGGGAGGGGAGGUAAGUUUAACAGCAGUUCCGCUUACCUUUGGGAAGACAUGAACAGAUAACUCCAUAUGAAAACAACUGAUAUGCUCUGCUUGUAUGUAAUCUUUCCAAACUGUAAUAAUUUAUUGUGUACAAAGACAAUAGCUUUAUCAUACCUAGUGUUUAUGUAAAUAAAAAG